CCUCUGGGUCGGCAUUGCCGGAAGAGCGAAGAACCCUAAUUGCGAUGCAGGGAAAUUCUCUCGACGGCCUCGAGUGCCCGGCUCCGCGGCCGCAGAUUUGGGGGCUUUCUCGGUGCGGCAGCAUGUAAGAAUCGCAUUCCGCAUUCCGAUCAUGGGGUAUCCGUGCUAGCGCGCUCGGGGAAGCGUCUUCCACUCCAUAGGGUUUGAUCGGCGGCCAUUUGCCAUGUACUCCGUGUCACAAGCGCAGCAAUCGCAGAGCCAGCCCCAGCAGGCGCAGGUAGCCGCGGCCCAGGCGGCCCAGCAGCAGUUACAGCUCCAGCAGCAACAGUUAGAGUUGCAGCAAUGGAAGCAAGCGCUAAUGCAGCAAGCGGCGGUGCUCCAGCAGCAGCAGCCAUUCCUUCAUCCUGGUCUCAUCACGGCUAUGUCCCAGAUUGAGCCAAUUCCAAGUGGAAAUCUGCCACCAGGGUUUGAUGCAACUUCUUGUCGCAGUGUAUACGUUGGUAACAUUCACAUCAAAGUAACGGAAGCGUUGCUUGCGGAGGUUUUUGCAACAGUUGGGCCUCUCGAAGGUUGCAAGCUUAUAAAGAAAGAAAAAGUUAGUUCUGGUUUUGUCUCUAUCUUGCCCUUAUCACUAACGGUAUUUCGUUACCUUGCUUGGCAGUCCUCUUAUGGUUUUGUCGAUUACUUCGAUCACAGAUCAGCUGCCGCUGCGAUCAUUACCCUCAAUGGCAAGCUAAUAUUUGGGCAGUCCAUAAAGGUGAAUUGGGCUUAUGCCAGUGGGCAGCGAGAAGAUACUACAGGACAUUACAAUAUUUUUGUGGGUGAUCUUAGUCCUGAGGUCACAGAUGCAACACUCUACGCUGCUUUCUUCAUGUAUCCUGGUUGCUCGGACGCUCGGGUUAUGUGGGAUCAACGAUCUGGCCGCUCUCGUGGAUAUGGUUUUGUGUCAUUCAGGAGUAAACAGGAAGCAGAAAGGGCUAUCAAUGAGAUGAAUGGGAAGUGGCUUGGCAGUCGUCCUAUUCGCUGUAACUGGGCAACAAAAAGCACAGGAUCGCAGGAGGACGUACCAACACCAGGACCUGUUAGCGUACCUGAGCAGGUUGCUGUUGUUCAAGUACAAAUGAAACAAGAGCCCAAUCACGAUGAACAACAUGAGGAUGGGGCUAUGCAAUUAGAUGGUCCUGAAAACAAUCCACAGUUCACGACAGUAUACGUUGGUAAUUUAGCGCACGAGGUGACACAGACAGAGUUACAUAGACAAUUCCAUGCUUUAGGUGUUGGAGUGAUUGAAGACGUAAGGGUGCAGAAAGAGAAAGGCUUCGGUUUUGUACGCUAUAGAACACACGAAGAGGCAGCUUACGCUAUUCAGGCAGCAAACGGGAGAGUGAUCUGCGGGAAGUCCGUCAAAUGCUCAUGGGGAAGCAAGCCUACACCAGCUGGAGCAUCGUCGAAUCCUUUGCCUCCACCACCACCAGUUGCUCUCCCGUUGCAAAGCUUGAUGGCUGCUGGGAUGAAUCAAGCAUACUCCGCGGCGGACUUGCUGGCGUACCAAAGGCUAAGCCAAUCCAGUGGAACGGGACAGGCGCUGUUACCACUUCCUCAGCAAGGAACAAGCGGUUCUCGAGUUUUUGAUGGCAUCCAGCCGAGUGCUGCAGCGGCAGCAGCCUCGUUGGCGGCAGCCAUGGGCCAGCAACACAUGUUCUACUGAAAGAGCGUUGUCCAGCAUUUGUGGCUGCUGCCUGCACUGAUAGGUAGCUCUAGCAGCUUAUUUGUACGUCCUUUUUUCUUUUCUUUUUUUCGUUUUUUCGUUUUUCUCUUUUCUCUUUUAUUCUGGUUUGUAUCACUAACCGAAGAGACUAAUUUGCGAGUGAUUGAGUUUGCUCUCUUUC